AUGGCCUGCAGAGCCCAGACACAGCAGCUGGUCGAGUGCUUGGAGAAACUGAGUAAAGAGGAGCUGAAGGAGUUCCAGCUGCAGCUGUCCAAGGAGGCCCCUUAUGGGGGCGCUCCGGGUGCCUUCCCUGCUCAGCCAGAGAUGAGAGGCGUGGAGGUGGCCUCACACCUGGUGGCUCAAUACGGGGAGCAGCAGGCCUGGGACCUGGCCCUCCGCACCUGGAAGAAGAUGGGCCUGGGUGGGCUAUGUUCCCAGAACACAGAGGCCCACUUGAUGUCAGGAUCUCCAAGUGCCCCCAACCUGGAGUCCCCCAGCUGGCCCACCUCCACCAAGGUGCUGAAGGUCUUGAUGCCCUGUAAAGUACAAAGGAGAACAGCUUUAAGUUUCCAUGCUGACAGGAGUGAACACGAAUUCGCUGCCUCAAUUCUUCCCUUCACGCCCUCCCCGGUCCACAACUCUCCAAGUCAAACAUCACCUAAUGCCCCCACAUCCACGGGAGUGCUGGGAGCCUGGGAGCCCCCACCUCAGCCCAGCACAAAACCCAGAGAGCAGGAGGAUCCUAGGACUGGGCAGCUUCUGGGUGAAUCUUCAAAAGACUGUCUCACAGAAAACAGAGAAUACUACCAAAACCAGAAGGGAGAGAAGACCUGCCCCACAGGAGACCAGAAUUCUCAGUCCUGGAAAAAUGAAGUUUUGUACCAAAAAUUUGUACAGCUGUUGCUUCUAGAGAGACCUCCCAGCAAAGGCCAUGUGCCUCUGAUGACGGAUCAUGGGAUGAUGGUGGAGCAAAAGCGUUUGAUUGAAGUCCAAGAUCUAUUUGGCCCAGACCUGGGCACCCAGGAAAAGCCUCACACGGUCAUACUGCACGGGGCUGGAGGAAUUGGGAAGUCGACAUUGGCCAGACAGGUGAGGGGAGCCUGGGAGCAAGGCCAGCUCUACAGGGACCGCUUCCGUCAUGUCUUCUACUUCAACUGCAAAGAACUGGUUCCGUCCAAUAUGGUCAGCCUUGUUGAGCUCCUGGCUAAAGACUGGCCUCACCCUCUGGCUCCCAUCAGACAGAUCCUGUCUCAGCCAGGGCAGCUGCUUCUCAUCCUAGAUGGUUUGGAUGAGCCAGAAUGGGUCUUUGAGAGGCAGACACCUGAAAUGUGUCUACACUGGAGCCAACAGCAGCCCGUGCACAUGCUGCUGAACAGCUUGUUGGAAAAAACCACACUGCCUGAGGCAUCCUUGCUAAUCACGGCUCGGAGGACAGCUCUGGGGAAACUCCUGCCUUCAUUGGGGCAGGCACGUUGUGUGGAGGUGCUGGGCUUCUCUGAGGCUGGCAGGAAAGACUUCUUCUACAAAUAUUUCCCAGAUGAAAGUCAAGCAGUCAUGGCCUUCAGCUCCAUUGCAUCAAACCAUGCCCUCUUAAUCCUGUGUCUCAGACCCUGGGUGUCCUGGCUUGUGAGUACCUGUCUGAAGCUUCAAAUGGAGCAGGGGGAGCCCCCAGCCCUGACCGCACAGACCACUACGGACCUCUGCCUGCACUACCUGUCCCAGGCUCUCCGAGCUCAGCUCCUGGGGACUCACCUGAGGGCCUUGUGCUGUCUGGCCACUGAGGGCAUCUGGCAAGAAAAGACUCUGUUUAGUGGAAAGGAGCUCAGGAAAUAUGGGUUAGAUGGGGCUGUCAUCUUCACUCUCUUAAGGACAGGUGUUCUUCAGAAACAUCCCACCCUUUUGAGGUACCACUUCAGACACCUGUUUUUCCAGGAGUUCUUGGCAGCAGUUUUCUAUGCACUGGAAGAGGAAGAGGAAGGUGGUAAACUUGACAGCAUUAAAAGUGUGAAAAAGUUACAAGAAGCCUAUGAAAUGUAUGGCAUGUUUGGGGCCCCAGUCACACACUUCCUCUUCGGUCUUCUGAGCGAGCGUGGGACCAGAGAACUGGAGAGCAUCUUCAGCUGCCAGCUGUCUAAGAAGGCAAAGUGGGAACUGCUUCAGUGGGUCGAACUAGAAGUCUGGCACAAGCAUUCCUGGCCCCAGCUAUACUCUUGGGCGGUGCUCCACUGUUUAUAUGAAAUCCAAGACGAGGCAUUUCUGACACGAGCCAUGGCCCACUUCCAAGGAGCAAGGAUGUGGGUUCACACAGACAUAGAGCUCCUGGUGUUCACAUUCUGCCUUAAGUUCUGCUGCAACGUGAAGAGCCUUCAAGUGAAUGUGAACAGUGCGUGUGGACAGGCAUUAAAGUCCCCCAGUGUGGUUCUCUUCCGAUCCGCCCUAGUCACAGAUGCCUGCUGGCAGGAUCUCUUCGCUAUUCUUGGAGUCACUCAGAGCCUGCAGGAACUGGACCUAAGCGGAAACCCCCUUAGCUGCUCAGUGGUUCAGAGCCUUUGUGAGGCCCUGAGACACCCUCACUGUCACCUGGAGAUUCUGAGGCUGGUCAGCUGUGGCCUCACAUCCGACUGCUGCCAGGCCCUGGCCUCUGUGCUCAGCACUACCCCAACCCUGACAGAGCUCGACCUGCAACAGAACGACGUGGGCAGCCAGGGUGUGAGGCUCCUCUGCAAAGGGCUGCACCAUCCCAACUGCCAACUCAAGCGCCUGUGGCUGGACCAGAUCCAUCUGAAUGAAGAGGUCAGCGUGGAGCUGAGGGCCCUGCAGGUGGUGAAGCCUCAGCUACUUGUCUCCAGCAGAUGGGAACAAAGGACGGUGAACCCUACUGAAGGUCAAGAUGGGGGAGAGAUGAGUAUCGAAUCCUCGCUCAAGCGACAGAGAACAGAAUCAGACACAGCCUUGGAAAAGGCUAGAUGGAGGGACCCGUGGAACAUCUGUCAGGAAAACCUAGAGCUAACGACUGCCCUGCCUGUUUCAGGAGAAAGUUCCCCACAAGCAGUUCAAGGGAAAUCUGCCUGCCUAUCUUCGCCUGCCCUUUUGGAGGACCUGCAUAUGGAGCCUUUGGGGAUUGCUGAAAACUUCUGGGGACCCACAGGGCCUGUGGCCACCAGGAUGAUUGACAAAGAGAGGAGCCUGUACCGAGUUCACUUUCCUGCAGCUGGCUCCUACCACUGGCCCAACACAGGUCUCCGCUUUAUAGUGAAAGGGGAAGUGACCAUUGAGAUUGAGAUCUGCAACUGGGGCAAGUUCCUCAAUGAGUCUGCCUCCCAGCACAACUGGAUGGUGGCAGGACCUCUGUUUGAUAUCAAGGCUGAGCCAGGAGCUGUGGCCGCUGUGUACCUCCCUCACUUUGUGGCCCUCCAAGGGGGUCAUGUGGACACCUCCAUGUUCCGAGUGGCCCACUUUAAAGAGGAGGGGAUGCUCCUGGAGAUGCCAGCCAGAGUAGAGCCAUCUUCCACAGUCCUGGAAAACCCCAGCUUCUCCCCCAUGGGAGUCCUACUGAGAAUGGUCCACGCGGCCCUGCGCUUCAUCCCCAUCACCUCCACGGUGUUGCUCUACCAUCAUCUCCUUCCUGAGGAAGUCACCUUCCACCUCUACCUUAUCCCCAGUGACUGCUCCAUUCAGAAGGCCAUCGAUGAUGAAGAAAAGAAGUUCGAGUUUGUGCGACUAAACAAGCCACCCCCUCUGACUCCACUUUAUAUAGGCUCUCGCUAUGUCGUGUCUGGCUCAAAUAACCUGGAAAUGAUCCCGGAGGAACUGGAGCUCUGCUAUCGGAAUCCUGGACAAUCCCAGCUCUUCUCUGAAUUCUAUGUUGACCACCUGGGAUCAGGGAUCAGGCUGGAAAUGAAGGACAAGAAAGAUGGGAUUGUGGUGUGGAAGGCUUUGGUGAAACAAGAAGUCCAAGACCGCUUGCACUUUGUGGACUGGUAUCGGGAGCAGCUGGUGGCCCGCGUGACCUUGGUGGAUCCUGUCCUGGACAAGAUGCAUCGACACGUGCUAAGUGAGGAGCAGUGUGAGAGUGUACGCGCGGAGGCCACCAAGCCAGCCCAGAUGCGGAAGCUGUUUAGCUUCAGCCGGUCCUGGGACUGGGCCCGCAAAAAUCGAUUCUACCAAGCCCUGAGGGAGACCCAUCCGUACCUGAUCAUGGAACUGUGGGAGAAGUGGGGCAGUAUAGGGAACCAGGAGGUCUCCUGA